AUGAUUUAUUACGUCUUUCCUAUUAUUUUAUUAGCAAAUUUUGUUUCAACUCAACGACCACAAAACGAAUGUUUUCUUUUAAAUACGAAAUUAAAUAAAUAUAAUAUUCAUAUAAAUGUUCAACAAAAAAAUUUUUCUCGUUUAAAUCUAUGCGAACAUAUCGUUGAUAAUCGUUGUUGUCCACAAAACUAUGAAAAUCAAAUACAAAAUGCAACAGCCAUUGAACUUUAUCGUCUAUUUGAAUUGAAUACGAUUCAUUUAUAUGAACCAUUACUUCGUUUAGCUAAUGAUUUAAAUCAUACAACUGUAAAAUUAAUUGAACUAUCACGAAAUGAAACGCAUCUUGUUUUACAACGUGGCUAUAAUAUACUUUAUCAAUCCUAUCGUUCGUCUAUAGAUACAUUUUUUAAUAAUCUUUUAACAUUAACCUAUCGUACUUAUCAACAUGAUAUUAAAGUCUUUGUUGAUGAAUUAUUUCGUAAUAUUUUGCACAUAUCAUUAACAUUAAGUAACAAUAAAAUGAUUUCGCCAACAUAUCUUUCGUGUCUAUGGAAGAAUCAUCCGUUUGGAAAUCAUCUAAAUUUAAUUGAAAAUCAACUAGAAGUUAAUUUAGGAAAACUAUUUCAAUUAAAUGAAUUAUUUAAAUUAAGCCAUGAACUGGUUCAAAUUUUGUCUACGAGUGUUACAACGGAUUAUCAUUGUAUUGAUGCUUAUAUGCAAUUAUCAUAUUGCAAUUUAUGUGGUGGACGAGGUGAAUUACCAUGUUUAUCUAACUGUAUGAAUGUUAUUGAAAGUUGCAUGGUUAAUGUAACAUUAAUUGAUGAUAUAUGGAAAAUUUUCAUUGAUUCGGUUGACAAUGUUGCCUAUUUUAACAAUAUUGAAAAGGUUUUAUCAUCAAUUGGUUUAUCGAUAUCAGAUGCUGUUAUGGCCUUUUUUAAUUCGGGCGGAGUAGGAAACAAGGACAUCAUCGAUCAAUGUGGGCAAAUACGUAGCCGACGUCAAGCAUUUGCUAUCGAUCAAACAGUCGAUGACGAAUACAGUAAAACACUAGCAUUAUCACUAUUAGAUCAACAGCUGAGUCAUAUGAGUCAAUCGUUGCAGUCGUAUCGAUCAUUUUGGGUUGAACUACCUAAACACGUUUGUAAAUCAAAAGGGGUUUCAUCAAUAAAUCAAAAUGAAUGCUGGACAGGAACUUUAAUAUCACAAGAUGAAGGAUCUUCUGUAAAGUUAAAUUAUGAUAAACCAUUAAGUUUAAAAUUACAAUGGAUUGUAAAAGAAAUGAAACAAAAAUCACUAGUAAAUGCCAGUACACAUCGCAUCACAUCAGCACUUAAUAUUAAUCCAGCCACAAAUCCAUCAACAGUAAAUGAAUCAAAAACAAAUGUAAUCAUCGAAAACUUCACUGAUGCAUUAAAAUCUAAUGAUCUUGAUGAUUAUCCAAAUGACAAUGAAUUCGAUUAUUCCGAUUAUGCAUAUGAAGACUCAACAGAUGAAACAACAACAACAACAACAACAACAACAACAACAACAACGACGACGGCAACAACAACGAGCAUUACCACCACCACCACCGCAAAAAAGACUAUCACUAGGAAGACCUCACAUCGCAUAGCGACAACAACAACUACCACCACUACAGAUCGGACUGAUGACUAUCCUUCAAUUGACGAUACAAAUACUGCUUUUUAUGAUUAUGGAGAUACCGAUUUAUAUAGUGAUGAAGAAUCAGAAGAGAAUUCAAGCACUGAACAACCUAUUAUAAUUACAACGACAAGACGAAUAACGACGACAGUUAACUGGAAAGAUCGAAUACCGAUCUAUCAUCGAAAGCCACCCAUCAUAUGGAAUGUCAAUAACGAUGAUAAUUAUGAUCAAAACUUAGAAAAACAAGAACAGCGACGUAACAGUGGUUAUUCUCUUCAUUAUUCUCUUCUAUUAUUACUAACUAUGUUCAUCUCUCGAGUCUGA